AGCGGUCGUGUUGAAUCCCACCCUUCCUCAAUAAUGUCCGAAGAGAGUGCUGAUGCUCUAUUCGUUGGCACACUUGAUCGCCUAACAGCUGAGCAUCCCCAUACCGACGACCCAAGAUUCGCGUUCCAAUCUAACCAAUGGAACAACUGUGAGCUUCGUUUCACACAGUUUUGCCGUUGCACUCGUGAGCUCGGCGAGGACGACCCAAGAUGCAAAUAUCAAUACUAUCGGGCCCAGACGGUUUGCCAUGAGUUCCUUCUCGAAGACUGGAUGGAACACAGGCAUCGCGGUACCUGUGAUCUCGACAUUAUGCCCGAUCGCCAGGUCAUCCAUAUGAGGCAGUAAUGGAUGGCCCCCUUUAUCAUUGCAUCAUGAUUUACACCCAUUGCCGAGGCUUUGGGAUGGUGAAAGUAUAUGCUGAGAUAGCUGGAGGUUUUUUGAACCUAUAUAC